CAUAGGGAGCCGCUGGCCCCGCCUGCUGCCGGACUCUGAGCUGUGCUGAAUCCUCCCGUGCUGCACACACAGUCCCUGCUGGCCAGGGAAGCUCUCCUGUGGGCACGGUGCCCACUCUCCCACUGCUCGUCAUCCUCCUUGUGAUCGUCCUGCUAUGUACUUGUCUGCAGUGUGAACCCGGAUUCUACUCCGUAUUUUCCAGGACUGAUACGUACAGAAAAUAAGGUCAUUUAUUUGGGAUGGAUCCAAAAGUGCGAGAUGGAGAGACCCUUGUAGAUGAUAAUUCGGCUAAAAAGAAAUUUAAGUUCAAAUCUUUCAAAAAAUUGUUUGGAAAAAAGAAGAGAAAAGAAACUUUACCAUCAUUGGGUGCAAGCGGUCUGAAGAGUCAGUCUGCCAGCGAUGUCACCGUGCCUGACUCCUCACAUGCUGAUUAUGAGUCUGAGGAGGAGCUUGAGGCCACAAGUGGUGUGCUGGGAAGUAGAGCCGUGUCACAUGACAGCAUCUUCAUUCCAGAGAUUGCACAAGAAGCAGCCCUGCCAAUACGUGUCUUCUCUCAAGAGAACGUGUCCGACCGUAUCAAAGCCCUUCAGUUAAAACUCAAGUCAAAUAUCAAAGUUGGACCACCUCCUUUUGGGCUCCUUAGUAAGCGAUCUGAUGAUGCCGGGGCCAGUUCUGAAGAUGAUGGUCUACCACGAAGCCCCCCAGAAAUGUCACUCAUACAUGAAGCUAUUAAAACCAGGUUUUCUGACAUCCAUAGACAUCAUCACAGCUCACUAAGCCUAGGCGGAACAGGUAGCGAGGAAGAUGAACAGGUCUCCUCAGAAACAUCUUCACGACCUCUAUCUCCAGAUGAAAAUGAGCUUAAAGAAUCUCAGAAAAGAUCUUUAGAGAAAAGAGACAGCACCAACCUCUCACCAUCGGCGGAUUUUGGCACUCCUCCCCAGUAUUCUACAUUCCUGGACAAUUCUGCUGCUAGACAUAGGCUUUCAGUGAAGCCUAGAAAUCAAAGGUUAAGCAAGAAUAGAAGACCAUCUACGACACUACAAGAGGAAUCAUUCCAAAAUAUGACCUGUAUGGAAGAGGAAGAUGUUACAACCCCUAGACCAGAACAGACAGCCUAUGAUUCUAUAGAAGCUGAUACUCCUGAUGCUGACUAUGUUCCUGAUGUAAGCUUAGGAGACAAGGAAACUUCUUCAGGAUUGGCAGAGUUUAAUGAAUCCUUGAAUCUCCCCGACUUAGUAGAAGACACAUCUCUUGACCCAGAUCCAGUGACAACUUCACAAUCUGAAAAUGUAAUUGGUCCCUCAAAUAUUGCAAGUCUAGAAUUAGAUGCAAAGAUAAAAGAUCAAAGUCAAUUGGUUGGUGGAAGGCCAAGUGAAAAUGCUGUUGUUUGCUUGUCCAUAGUAGAAGAACAAGUCUUCCCUGUGUUUUGUAGUAAUAUUCAAAAGCAAACAGUUAAAGACACCAACAAGGCACCAGGUGAAGCUAACAUAAAGCCAUCUGCUGUAGAGGAGACAGUUGUCCAAUCUUCAAGGACUACUUCUCUGGAACAUUCCCAGGAAUCCUUGCAUAGUAAGAGAAGCCUUUACCAAAACACGUCUGAAAAACAUCUGAAUCACCAAGAUCAACCACUGUCUGAUAAAGAAAAUCAUAAACAGCUUGGAAAUGGAGAUAAAAAAGGAGAAAAGUCACCUACAGAAACUGUUACACAAAGAAAGUUUUCUGUAUCGUCAGCUUGGGAGAGACCAAGGACUGGCAGCUUUUCACUAAAAGGAAAUGUUGAGAGUGAGGUUUAUAAAACCACAAAGUUGUCUCUCCUGAAACCAGGUAUGUCUAAAACUGAGAUAUUAAAAGAAGAGUCCAAAGUUUCAGCAACCAACCCUGAAAAUAAACCUAUUAGUAGAAAGACUGAGUCCUUACCUGACCCUGAGGGUAUGGCUGCAGACAAGGCAGGCUUUAGUAACAUUACCCCAAACCAGAAUGUAGUGCCAGCGGUCAGUGAUUUACCUGUGGUUACAGAGUCGCAAGGAGAUUCUGAAGAAAAGAACCCCUUUUCUGUAAAAUUAAGAUCUGUUUCUCUAUCCUUGAGAUACAGGGAUGGCAUAAAUCCAGUGUCAGGUUUAGUAAAGAGACACAGCGCAGAAUUUAAACUGGCAAAAAAUGCUGAUCCGUCAUUCUCUACGGAGGAAUUAAACACAGAAAAAGGAGAAAAUAAAGAUCACAAUGUUCUAAGCUCAAAAGGUGAGAAUACAAAAUUUAAAUCCGAGUCAACAGAAGGGACUCAGGCUAAGCCACCACUGCCCAAGAAGCCAGUCUUGCAGAAUAUUACUGUUGCUGACAAUAACACAAAUAAAGAAGCUUCAGAAAAUGGCUCCAAUCACGAGAAGAAGAUAAAAUCUUCAGAGACAAAGAUUGAAAAGAAAGUGUCCGAUAGAAGGCCAAGCCUCAGCAAAACGAUUGAUAAAAGCAUUCCUGUAGGGACAUCAGAAAUUGUUAAGAUGAAUGAAAGCAAAGCUGAGCCUUUGUGGAUGUCUAUGGCUCGACAGAAACAAAGAAGCCUUAAAGAAGAUCACCCAGUCUCUGAAAACAGCAUUAUAACCCAGGAAUCGGAAAAGCAAAACAGAGCAGAGGUCCAUUUGAAGCAGCAUGUUGACCUGAUCCUGGAUAAAACAAUAAGUUCAUCAGUUUCAGUUCUUCAUGAAACGUAUGGGCAAGACACCAAGGCGGAGAAGAGCGAGCAGAGGCAAAGAGCAAACACAUUGCCACAUCCUGUCCAUGCUACACAAUUGUCUUCACUGACAGAGAAGGAGGAAAAAACCCUACCCAAACGUCAAGCAAUAUCAGUUUCACAGGAACCUUCUUGGAUGGAAUUGGCCAAAAAGAAAUCCCAGGCCUGGAGUGACAAGCCUCACAUCAUUAAAUAAGAUGAGGAAAUGCCUGUUGUCUGUUUCUAUUAUACUUGAGCGGCUUCAGCGCCUUAUUACAAGCACAAAAUACGACAUUUUGAAAUAAAGGAACCCCCGGCAGUUCUUUAUAUAAUCUGUUACUAUACGAGUGAUUUCUACUGUCCUCACCUGUAGAGGUCUAUUAUGUUUUAAACAUGUACAUGAUGUAUCAUGUUAAGUAAAGCUGUUCAUGCUUCAAA